AUGGGAAUUACCGGCACCCUCCUGGCCCCUUGCCUGCUUGUGAGCACACAGCGUGCAAGACGCAGGUUUCGAAACGUGCGCUGCGUGAGCAGGAAUGCUGCACCCAGCUUAGCAGAGCUGGAGUCACUCGCCGAGCAAGUUCGGAGAUCGCGUGAGUUGGGCCCAGCUCGCGACGACCUUGAAGAUUUAGGCUACUAUUCCUUCGAUUCAUACUACACGAGAGGUGGCGGAAGCCGAAGAGGCUUCUGCAACUGGCUGCUGCGUGAUGUGCUGAUGGUUGGAAGAUACCCCUACUGUGAUCCCCUGGGCGAGUUCCCCAGCAAGGAGGAUGGUCGUCGGCAUCUGCGUCGAAUGCUGGAAAUCGGGAUAUCGGCUUUUGUGUGCAUGCAAUCUGAAAUCCCCUCUCCGGCGCCAGAGAACCUGAAAGCGUGGCCGUGGGAGGGUGUCUCACUGCCUGAGUUCCAGAUGCCCCGGCGAUUUUUGCCUUAUGGCCCAGUCGUCGCCGAGGAGGCGGUGUCCAUGGGCCUGGAGACGCCCCGGUUCUUUCAUUGCCCGGUGCCUGACAUGCACGUACCCAAGGAGGAGCAGCUCAUGAGGCCUUUGGCUUGUGAAGGUUUAGGGUUUGGGGUUUAG